GCACCCACAAAUGUCUCACUGUUUUGUGCUUAUGGAACAUGCCGGCUCUCACAGCCCUUUGAGGGCCUGCCUUCUUUUGAGUUGCAUUCUGAAUGUUACCUGUUUGAGCCCGAUUUCUUCCAGUCAGUUGAGUCAGCUUGGAGGUAUUGUUGACCUUGGAGCUACUCGAGUUAAAUUUGCUUCCAGAUGCCGAAGGCAUGACGAGCCAGUCAUUCACACUCCAAUGUGGACCAAAGAUUUUGUGAAGGCACACAAUUUGACCAACAAUCAGUCAAGCCUGGGCAAAGCACUUGUCGAACAAUUUUUGCAGACCUCAGAAUGUGCCAGAGUUACGAAGUUCGUUGCCUGUGUGGCUGGAACCAUGGACACCAACACCGAUGUGGCACUUGAUUUGUCGCCCUUGGGUGCACUGGAAAGCAUGACUAACCGCCUGAAUAUUGAUCUGAGGGAACAAAUGAAGAAUGCUUUCCGGGAGUGUGGGGGAAACAGAGGCGAUAUGAAAAUUAAUGUGAUCAAUGAUGCCGGCUGUCUGGGCCUUGGAAUUCUGCAACCCUUGCGCAUGUGAAACCACCCUACUUGGGGUUGUCGCUUGGGACUUCUGUUGCUGUCAUUGCUGCCAUCCCCCAAAAAGGCAAUCAUGCAGAAAUUGUUCUCCCAACGGAUUGGGCCUUGCAGCAAAUUCCAUUACAACAAGGUGGGGGGGUUGACGCCAGAGACGAGCAGCAUUCCACAUAUCUGAAGCACGCCAACGCUUCUAUGAAACUGCUGAUUCGGCAAUGGCACAAGGAUUUAGGAGGGUGGCCAAGCACUGUUGUUUUUGGACUUGGAUCCUCCCCGCGAUUGAGAGAACUACAUGAUAUUGUCUUGUUUCCGAAAGCGCGGCCAGGAGGGGUUAGAGUGGUGGUUCUGCGAACAGAGAGUGAACAGAUGCGAAUGCAGCUGAAGGGUGGCCUUUCACACAAGGUUCUCUUAACUACACGCUGCGCUACGUCCCAAGUGUCUCACCCCGAUCUUGAUGCUUGUCCUGCAGACAUUGCCCAGUGCUCGUUUUGGAGCAAAAAACAUGACACAGGUUCGAGACGACGUUCUCAGUGCUAUUCAUGAAGCGGACCAACACUUGAGACAGCGGGUUCACCGGAAUUCAUGGCACGAACCUGCUUCGGGCGAAGUCUACAUCAACUUUGUUGAUUUGAUGGAGUUUCUAAACCUGGCACAUGACGGAGGUGUUGACCACGAUGCAAGAUCGGCUCUUGAGCAGCUGUUCAAAGGCCUCAAAGGUGACGAUGCCUUCCAGAAGAGGGUUACUGCCAUCCUGUUUGAGGAAGGCAGGGGUCUAGCACAGGUCCGAGAUUACACAUGGAUGACCAAGUAUUUGCGCGAACAGUUUCCCAACCCAACCCGCUUGCUUGUGCAUGGGCAUGGAGGCAGCAAAGUUCAUGAAGCAAGCCUUGCUUCUUUUGAGGCUGGAGCGGAUGGAAUUUGGGCAGCCUUCAUACCAGCUGCUGCUCAGAACGGACAUAACUCAGUCUUUGGAUUCUUGGACGAUCUCAGGCAGCAUGGUAACGAAAGGGCAAAGCGUCACUUCAACCUGAGCCUUGGCAUACCAGUGGCCAAACUGCUCCACUACCUCAAUUUCAACACAGUGAAAAUCCCAGAAGAUUGCCCGAUUUAUGGUGCCAACAAUGCCUAUGCACGCAAAGUGCACACAGAUUUUGAUUUCACAGCUGCAAAGGCAUGGCAUGGCCGGGCCCAGAAUGAAUACAACCAACUGCACCAAGACCAGGCAAAGUUCUUGGAGGACAUCCUCACACAAGCAAAGCAGCUGAGUUUGCGCGCUACAGAGUGCUCUCGUCCACAAGGUCCUGGCUUUGCAUAUCGCAUUGCACCCUUGGUUUCUGACGCGAUGACAGUGGGUUCUCGGGUUUUUGGUGACCGGCUGGUAGUCGAGAGGAGGGUGGGUUCUUGCAACAUGAGUGAGCAAGACUUGAAGCGGCAACUGGGAUCUGCUUUGCAAGCUGUUUUUCACAGCGUGAUGGUUGCAGACAUCCGCGUGAAUUUUGAUUGCUCUGAAAACCUGGCUGUGGCACAGCAGCUGAUCGAAAGAAACAAGCUUCCUGACUGUCUAUUCUUCAUUUAUGAUCGAGUGCAUUUGCAGCCAAAUCUACGACGGAAAGGUGAAGAGAAAGCCUUGUACCAGGAGUCACAAAGGGGUGCCCAAUGGAAGCCUAUAGGUAGUGUGGGGUACUUCAUUGGACACCCCUUUGUGACUCCUUGUAUAGAUUUAUGGGGCAAUGUGGCAGUCAGAUGAUGAUUUCACUGGACAAUGAUGUUACUUCCCGACUCAGCGUGAAUCCAUCAGAGCUCAGCUUUGUGAGCCCACUUUGCUGAACUUGUGCCGCUGAAGGAAAGCUUUCGGAACCCAAACGGUCGAAUAGAGUUUCUUGGGAGUUUGAGCGCACUUGAUGGUAGCU